AUGGCACAGAACGGCAUAUCUUACGUUCUUGGGUCGCGGAAAACACCAAAACCCGUCGAUCUGAAGCGACUCACGAAGUGGAAGCGUUUCGACUGGCCAACACCGACAGCGAGGUAUCUUCUCCCGGACGCCAGCGGACACUGCUACCUUCUCGAUCUUCCACCAGAGCUUCGACAGCUGAUUUACGAGUGGUUGAUGGCUGGAAGUAAUGAGCUACGCGAGAAGAAACCAUGGCCCAGGACCUUCACAUCAUUGAUCGAACUUGCAAAGACCUGCAAAGGUGUCUGGGAGGAGGCUGUUUCCUUCAUGAACGAGGUCAGGACCUAUUCAGUGGAUACGAUUGGCUCUGGAGGUAUCUUCAUCGACGAAGGCUUUAUAAGCCACAGAAGUCUAAGCCUGGCUCAUGAGAAUGCCUUGGCACUCCCCAAACUCACGGGCAUUCGCAGACUGUCAAUCACUAUCCAUGCGAGCCUGAAUAUGAUCUGUGACGUCCAGAGAACACUCUAUGCACUGGUUGCCCUUAUCUCUCCAAGCCAAUUGAAACAUCUGGAUGUCAAACUCGAAUAUUACGAAAGCCCCGUCGGCGCGAAUGGUCUCCUCUGGUCCACGGUCUUGAGCCACGACGCAAUCCCCGAACUUCAAGCCGCUGCAUUCCCAAUUGACCCUCUCCGCUCGUUCCGGAAAUUCCAAGGCAAAAUCCCCUCCAGGUCUGAGGCCGACGACUCUUCGAACAAAGAUUCGCAGGUAUGGAUGAGCCUCUGCGUUGACACUAGGAAGCUCAUGGAAAGCGACAUGCCGGUUCUCUCACACAACGUACUCGGGAAAUACUUCGAAGUGCUUGACGAAGUGUUCGGUCGGCUUUACGAGAUCAGAGAGUAUGGCUAUACGCCUUUCGACGUGGACGAAGCUGAGGAUAGAUUCGUUGAAGCUCGGGUUCGAGGUGACAUGGGGGCUAUCAGGCGGCUUCAUUCGCGACUGGCUCUAGACGUCGACAGAUGUGCCGAACAAUAUCCCAGGAAUCAUGGCUGCCCACUUUGGGAUCAUGCGGCAGAACCUGACAUGACGAAGUGCGAAUCUUGGGAUGACUAUCCGGAACAGAUGGAGAAGUUGUACAACUAUGAGAGGGGAGUGGAAGCUUCGCAUUCCGCUGUGAGUCUGCUUCCUUCCCUCGAAGAGGCCCUUCCGGACGUCGGUGUGGAUACCUCUCAUCUAGGGUACGCCGUCAUGGGCCGUCUGAUGCAGGAAGCACAGGACAACUCAGCAUCAGGGGAUUGA